GCGCAUGGUCACAUUGAAACAUUACUUUCAAAAAUGGCACCUAACAUCUGAGUUUUCGGGAAAUUUUACUGUUUAAUUGUUAGUGAAAGGUUAGGGAGUUUAAGAACAAGCACGGUCAUGGCAUGGGUACCCAAUUCGCGGUUCGAGGACGAUUUGGUGGACAUGGAACCGGAUUUCAAUCUCGUCCACGGCCAGGUGGCCUACGAGGAGAAGCGGAAACAGGAGUUCUGCCCGAGACCCAAGAGCACCUACGAGUAUCUGUCGAACCGAAACAAGCGGAAUUCCGAGCUAGAAAAACUCCACGGUAGCCCGAGUGGAAAAGGUCGGGAAGUCCGCGAGAGCCUGCAAAUGAUGGAGAAAAUCCAAAAAAUUGCGGGCACAAGACCGCUGGGCGAGCACGCCACUAUGGAAGAUUGGGACGAUACCAGUACAGUGGAACAAGAGGCCGUCGCCAUGAUGCGGUACUUUGGAAUGAUGUCAAUGCAGGAAGACUCGAUGCCCGCUCUGCCCACGAUCCAGUCUCCACAACAGCCUAUCCAGAUUCUACGGAACGGCCGCCAGAGCUUUCCCCUAAUAAACGACCCCGAGUUCUUCAAACCUCGCAAAACACGGCGACCCAAGAAUCGCAGUCUCAACGAUUCUAUCACCGAUUCCUUCCACACAGCCGAGAGUUGUAGUAGCUCCAUUAGUGUGUAUGGAUCAGCAAAGUCACAUCUGAGUAGCUCGGAUAAAAAGAAGGAAAAGGAGUCAAGGCGGGUAAAAUACAGUGAAAUACCUUAUGAACCCCUGGAGGAGAGUUUCGAUCAGGCGGAAGAACCGUUGUGCCUGGAAGAAAUCACAACCAAGGAACAAAGGAAAAACUGUUGUUCUAGAAAAAAAGAAGUGCAAAACUCUACAAAAGAAACCUAAAAGGGCAGAUCCUUUUUAAGUACCUUAAAUUUUUUUACUUCGAUUUUCGUAGCAUAUUCCCAUUGGUUCUGAGUUAUUUGAAAGCAAUUUUAAUGAAACGAGAGAAAAAAAGCCAGAUAUCAACAUUCGUAAA